AUGAUUAAACCGCUGGCGCUCUUCGUGAUUUGCCUUAUUGGUCUAGGAUGGACAGCUUCAGAUAUCGAUGUUCCAUCGUCUGUAGCUAAUAGAUCCAUGUCUAUUAAGGGUCAACUUCUUUGCGGAAAUAGGCCUUACGAAGGUGCAAAAAUUCGUCUUUACCGAACUUACCAAGCCAAUGCUGCCGAUGACCUCAGUGAACUUCUCGAUUCGAAACAAACCUAUGUGACUGGAAUGUUCCAAAUUGAAGGAAACACCGAGAAGUUCCCGAGAACCAAAACCACCAUUGAUCCGUAUGUCACCUUCCACCACGGUUGUGAUGUUGAUCCAGCUACUUUGGCAAACAAAGGUUAUAAACGUUGGGCUGUUCGCGUUCCAGAGGAUUAUGUGACCCUUGGGAGCAAAGCCAGAAAAGUGUAUGACUUUGGAAAGAUCAAUCUUCAGUUGGAAUAUCCUGGAGAAAUUCACGAUAAGAAAUUCAAACUCACCGAUUAG